AUGUUUUUCAAAGAAGUGUUCCGUUUUAAAAUUUUACUUUAUGGUAUAUUGUGGAUAUUGUUUGCGUCGAUAUCUGAAGUUACAGGGGCAUCGCCAAGAAUAUUAGGAGGUUACAGAGCUCCAAAGGAAUUCGGUAGAUUCCAUGCAUCACUUCAAAACUUAACUGGAGAUCAUGUUUGUGGCGGUGCAGUUGUUUCUCGAAAGCAUUUAUUGACUGCCGCGCACUGCGUACACAGGGCUAAACCGCAAUUCAUUAAAGUGGUAGUCGGGACGAAUGAUUUAGAUAUAGGAGGUAAAGAGUAUAAAGUCAAAAAAAUUCACGUUUAUCGAGGGUAUAACUCUACUCUGAGACAAAAUGACAUAGCCAUGAUAAGUAUUAAAGGAUUAUUUCAUAGUAAUAAUAUUCAUAUACUUAAACUACCGGAAACUCAAUUACAAGACGGGGAUCCAAUCAUUCUUUCGGGUUUUGGGGCGAAUCAGGCUUACGGAGUUUCUAGUCGUCAGAUGUACGCGUUAAACUUAACAGUUUUCUGUCAGAAAACUUGUCGAUUUGCUAUGCGUUACACGAAGGAAGUAACUGAUAGCAUGUUUUGCACUUUUUCGAAGAUCGGUCAAGGAACAUGCCAUGGCGACUCUGGCGGCCCCUUGGUAAAAGAUAAUGUGCUGGUGGGACUGGUUUCUUGGGGCAUACCCUGCGCGGUAGGUUUCCCCGACGUCCACACCAGAACAUACCAUUAUGUCGACUGGAUCCUUUCCCAAAUUCGAAGGAAGCAACACAAAUGGCCCAGCUUAAUAAAAAUAAAUACAGAAGUGGAACUGUCUCUAUCGAAA